CUCCUCGCGCCUGCCUGCCGCAUAGCAACCCUGAAGCUCCGGCAGCAGCGGCGGCCCACCUGACUUCCUCCCCCUCCUCCCCGCUAUUCCGAGGGGCGUCGAGGGGGGAGGUGGGGGCGGGGAGGAUUCAAACUUGGAAGAACGUUGGCUGCGCCCCUCGGCUUAGGGGAGGGCAGGCGCGGGAGAAUCAAUGAGGGCAAGAGAGGGGCGCUGCCAGAUAGUGUGCCGUUAACUCCGCCAGCGGGGAGGAGGAGCCCGCGCGACCCUUCCUGCCAGAUAGUGAGGUGGCUACGCCCCGCCCCUCCUCUUUCGUCACUCCGGCCAGGCCCGCCCCGCCUUCCUCCGCCGUAGGAGGUGCUGCUGCUCCUGCGAGCCAUCCAGAGCAGCCGAGGCGGCAAGAGGGAAACACAAAGGCGCGGGCGCUGCUGAGAACCCAGUUCAGCUACUGGUUGAUUGUGUGACUGCAGAAAUGGAUAAAAGCCCCCCAUCCAAACAAUGACUAUCAGUGCACGUCAGAAGGGAGAGAGAACUGUGAAAAUAACAUCCAGUUCAGUUCUAGGGGCCUCAUUUAAGGUGAAGAGAAUAAUCCAGAUUGAAGCAUGAGUGCCGAGACCAGCCAGGGGGUCAUCACAACCCCUCCACCCCCCAGCAUGCCUCACAAAGAGAGAUAUUUUGACCGCAUCAAUGAAAAUGACCCUGACUACAUCCGCGAAAGAAACAUGUCUCCUGACCUCAGGCAAGACUUCAACAUGAUGGAACAAAGGAAAAGAGUCACCCAGAUACUGCAGAGUCCUGCUUUUCGGGAAGACCUGGAAUCACUAAUUCAAGAGCAAAUGAAGAAAGGCAAUAACCCAACUGGAUUGCUUGCCUUACAGCAGAUUGCUGACUACAUUAUGGCAAGCUCUUUUGCAGGAUUUUCUUCAUCUCCUCUAAGCUCUGGAUUGGUUACACCUAUCAAUGACCUUCCUGGGAUAGAUACCACUACAUAUGUAAAGGGUGAAAAACUUACUCGUUGUAAAUUAGCCAGUUUGUAUAGGCUGACAGAUCUGUUUGGAUGGGCACACCUGGCCAAUUCAUAUAUCACAGUAAGAGUAAGCAAAGAACAUGAUCAUAUUCUUAUCAUUCCAAGAGGCCUAUCGUUUUCUGAAGCUUCUGCCUCCAAUUUGGUAAAAGUAAAUAUACUGGGAGACGUGGUUGACCAGGGAAGCACCAAUCUAAGCAUUGACAGUUCAGGCUUCAGCCCUCAUGCAGCCAUCUACUCCAUGCGCCCUGAUGUUCGAUGUGUGAUCCACAUACACACUCCAGCAACAGCAGCUGUUUCUUCCAUGAAGUGUGGUAUACUUCCUAUCUCUCAGGAGGCUCUCAUUCUAGGAGAUAUUGCAUACUACAAUUAUCAAGGAUCUCUGGAUGAAGCAGAAGAAAGACUUCAACUCCAGAAAGUUCUUGGGCCAAGCUGUAAGGUGCUGGUCUUGAGGAACCAUGGAGUAGUAGCGCUUGGAGAGACAUUAGAGGAAGCUUUCCACUACAUCUAUAAUGUGCAAAUAGCUUGUGAAACACAGGUACAUGCACUGGCUGCAGGCGGCGUAGACAAUCUUCUUAUCCUAGACUUGCAGAAGUAUAAACCUUUCACACACAAUCUGGUAGCAUCUGGAGGAGGAGGAGUUAAUAUGGCCUCUCAGUUCAAGUGGAAAGUUGGCGAACAGGAGUUUGAAGCACUGAUGAGAAUGCUGGACAACCUGGGUUACAGAACAGGCUAUGCUUAUCGACAGCCUCUUGUGAGGGAGAAGCCCAGGCACAAGAGUGAUGUUGAGAUCCCAGCCACCGUGACUGCCUUUUCCUUUGAUGACGAUUCAGUUCCAAUUUCCCCUCUCAAAUUCCUAGCACAAAAGCAGCAGCGGGAGAAGACAAGAUGGUUGAAUUCUCCAAAUACAUAUUUGAAAGUAGAUGUUCCUGAAGAAUCCCGGAAUGGAGAAACAAGUCCCCGAACUAAAAUCACAUGGAUAAAAGCUGAAGAUUCAUCUAAGCUUAGUGGAGGAACUCCAAUCAAAAUUGAAGAUCCAAACCAGUUUGUUCCGAUGAAUACAAAUCCAAGUGAUGUACUGGAAAAGAGGAAUAAGAUUCGGGAGCAAAAUCGGUAUGACUUAAAAACUGCAGGUCCACAGUCUCAGUUGCUUGCUGGAAUUGUAGUGGAUAAAAAGCCCAGUGCUCCAAUGCAGUUUGAAGAAGACGAGCAUGCCCCACCAGCCCCUCCCAACCCAUUCAGUCAUCUCACUGAAAAGGAACUGGAAGAGUACAAGCGGACAAUCGAACGCAAGCAACAAGGAGUAGAUGAUGCUGAUCAGGAAUUAUUCUCAGAUGACGGGUCAUCUGUUUCACAAAUUAAUUCUCAAACUCAGUCCCCACAAAAUGUCCCUGAAAAAGUAGAAGAAAAUGAUGAUUACCAACAGGAUGCUAACCUCGUCUCUCUGGAGAUGCCGGCUGUUGUAAUGAAUGGCAAAGAAGAUUCACAUGAUGUGGACGAGGAUCUUGCACACAGAGUCAGCCAGUUAACCACUAGUACUGUAGAGAAUGUGGAGAUCACCAUUAAGGCCUCUGAAAAAAUUGAGGAGACCCUUUCCCCUGAGGGCUCUCCUUCGAAAUCACCAUCAAAGAAGAAGAAGAAGUUCCGUACUCCAUCUUUCCUAAAAAAGAACAAAAAGAAGGAGAAGGUGGAAGCCUGAGUGCAGUUCAUUCCAAGGCUACAUUGCACAUUUCAAACCCAUGUUUUAGUUCACGUUUUAGUCACGUUAGGUAGGGUUGUGCAGAAAAAUGGGCCUUAACCUAAAAGCAGAACUGGAAAAUAAAAUUAAAUAGAAACAAUGUUAUGUUAAUGAAGCAAAGAAUUCAUCUCUUAAUUAGUUGGUGUAGGAAUUACUAUGAGGGUUUGAAAUACUUAAUAGGUCCACCACAAACUAACACUGGCAGGUGUUCCAAUAUAGCACUAUUGUAAUUUCAAAUACCCUUAUGGCUACACAUGGAGAGUUUUCUCAAUUAGUAGACCUUCACCACAGUGUCACUAAGGUAGCUGUUGAGUUAUCAGAUAAUGUUGGUUUUUUUAAUCUACUGCCUCACUCUGUAAUUGGAUGAUACUUCUUAGUAUUGUGAUUUUGACCAUAGCAGUUGUUUUACCCCUGCCUCACAGGGUGCUGUUCACCUCACCUUUUCAACCAUAGGUCACUGGCACAUAAUAUUAAGAGGGGGAAACUGUAAAAGGAAUUGCAUUUGGAAUUUUACAGACUCUGUAAAAAUUGCAUUCAUCGAUAAUAACUUUUGCCAAAUACUUCAUUUUAGUAAGAUAUAAUUUUUGAAAACUUUUUUUAUUCUAUCAGUUGGGGGGGCAGGGAGAAAGCCCUUAUUUUUCAAUAAAGGGGAUUUUAUACGCUUAACAUUGAUAACUUAGUUUAACUAUGGCAAAACAGAAAAAGAAUUUUAUACGUUGAAAUUUUUGUAUACCACUCAGUAUAAAGUAUUAUAGGCAUGUAAACCAAGCAUUUAACAAUAGAAUGUAUUUAAGGAUGCUUGGUGUAGAGUAUACUUAAAUAUAAUUCAGGAAUCCAGAACCUCUGAUUAUUGGGUGUUGAAAGCGUAUAAACUUAACUGGAUUCAGGUUUAAAUCUUACUGUAUUUUUUUCCUCAUGGUAUUGCUGUUGAAUGAAGAAAAAUAAACUUGUUAACAUAUGGCCUAUCCAGGAGAUCAGUUCCAAGUAUGUCCCUUAGCCAUUCUGUGUUACUUCUGCAGCAUGUCCAACUAAAUUCUCAGGGCAAAGUCUUGAGGACUUACUUGUUGGUCAAGAUAAAGCCACAAGGGGUUUCUUUCCCUCUUUGCCUUGAGACACUCAGUUGCAAGUCCUCUUUGAGCUUCCUCUUUGCAGAUAUAGAGUGCUGGUACCAUGCUGACAGAAUGUCAAGGCCAUCGGGUGAAGAGUGUAAAACUCAUGCAGCUACAUUCUGGCAGCACUCCAGUGGCAAAGAUUGCUCGUUCGAGUGAACAUUGCCAUCCAGGUGCAGGAAAAUGCAAAAUGCCCAUGGCAAAAGUGCUUCCACAAGGGAUGGAGUCUAGAUUUCAUGCAACAGCUUAGAAGCAACUGCAUCUACGUUGCACUAUCAACUGAUCCUCUGGAAAAGCCCACAACCAAAUGAAGGAGACAAAACCGAAAAAGGGAAAGUGAAAUGGGAAGAAUAAGGGGUUGGAGGUAAAGAGAAUAGUAGCUUGUGGAUUAUUUUUCAUAAAAUAUAUGGUAUGGAUUUGGGGGUAUUUUUUAUUAAAUUAAUGGAACAGCCGUUUCAUAUAAAAUGUAUAGGCUUUCAUAUGGAGUGCCACACGUUCUCCCCUUGCUAUCAUUGAUUUUAAUGGGAUAAUUUUAAUCUGAGUUUUGCCUUCUCAAGGAAUCUUAGAUCCAAUUAGUCAAGCGCUAUAGGCGCUGAUCCUGCCACUUGCUCCUUUUUGCUGGUAGCUUUAUUUUGCUUUGAAACUUAAGAAAGAAAAAUUCAAACCUGUAAAUACACGCUAAACAUGGAAAUUUGCCUAGGGCCUUUAAACUAGCCUUUGUUCAUCAGUAGCCACAAGAGCAAAUACACCUCAAAUAUCAAUGUGACUCCCAGAUUGCCAGUUGAAAUAUAUACCGUAUAUAGAUUGUUAAAAUAUGGCUGGGUUGUGGUUUGGCAUGAAAAAAAAUUGACUAUAGCAUGUUGCAGGGCUGGUUAGCUUUGACUGUGUAAGUGUGAAAAUGCAGCGCUGGAGUGACUCUGGAAACGAUAUUCUAGAUAUCUCAAAAUACUGGAAUCAGUGUGUUCUUUUAAAAAAAAAUAGUGGAAAUCUAUAAGUUGCUUAACUUUGUUUAUGUUCUACAUUUUUGUGUUGUAUUACAACAUAUGUAGAAACAGUAACCUGUGAACUAUGCUUUUCAUAACUUUUAAAAAAUAUAUCUAAAUGAAUGCAAUGUGCAUAAAUAUUUUUUAAAAAAUGCAACCGUGAACUAUUUGCACCUUUUUUUUUGCUAAUGCCUCUAUUUACUUGCUUUGGCAUAAAGAAUGAGCCAGCCAACUCUGUGUCCUGUGGAAAAAAAAUAUAUAAAUGUUGUUGGAAAUUGCUCAUAGAUGUAAUGCUAAUUAAUGUUAAAUCACAAAUAAACAGUAUUUUAAAUAGA